AUGGAUAAGACUACUAAGUCAAAGGCCGCGAAGUCAAAUAAUACCGGUCUGGAAAUCCCUAAUGCAGACGCGCAUUUCUUCCUUGCCUGUUUGCAAUGCAUGGGGGACGACAAGCAGAUCGAUCUUACCAAGGUUGGAGAUAUGCUGGGUUACAGCAAUGUUGCUUCUGUCGGCAACCGUUUCCGUUCCCUCCGCAAGCGCUACGGCAUGAACAAUCUUGAGGCCAAGUCCGGCUCUGGUAUACUCAAGAGCGCAGGUACCAAUGGAGACAAGGAUAAAGAAGCUACUGGCACUACUGAGGCCGGCGAUGGCGUCAAUGAGGAAUCUGAUAUCGACGAGCCUUCUCCCGUCAAGCCCAAGGGUAGAAAGGUCGCCACGCGUAAGGGAGCAAAGGCUACUUCGAAGCCCAUUCCUGCCACUGGUACGCUCAAAUCAGAGGUCAAGGGCCGCAGGCGCGGAGCUAAAUCUGCUGCUGCUGUGAAGGAGGAAGAGGAGGACGAUGCGGACACUCUCAUCGAAGACAAUACCCCAGAUGCUGACAUGGAAAGUGCUACGGCUUGA